CCUGCAUGGGGGUUGUGAUUACGAAUUAUGCAACAUUUUCGCCGCUAACUACAAAUUACGUUAACGUCUCAGACCUUAUUACGACUUAACGCUUUGCAGCUACUGUUCUAUUACGGAUUACCUUGAUUUUUUGGUGGUUUUCUACGUAUUAUGAAGACUGAGUGAAAAGGUCUGAUUACGCCUUACAUAAAACGUCAUGCAGGCCCCAAGAAAAAUCCCACCAUUCCUCGCGCGAACGAUAACAUUCGACUUGUCUCUAUAAUAUUUUUGUCUAUAUCGAUCUGAAGUUGUACCGGGGUAUUUACUAGUACCUUAUUUGCGAAAUGCCUAGACGUAAGAAGAAAAAAUUGACUGAGAGGUUGAGUGCAUGGAAGGAAGAGCAAAAAACGGAGAAGCAGCCCUGCCAGCAGGAUGACAAGCAAGCAGAGGUAGAGUCAGUACAGGAAGUAGAGUCAGGAGUACAGGAGCCAGCUGAAAUGCUCAUGGAGGUGGAGGUAAGUGGGGACGAGCCAGUUGAUGACCAGGAUGUACAGGAAACAGGGGCCUGGGAUAAUGAAGAAGGUUUCAUUUUUGACCCUUUUACAGGGGAAGAUCAAUUGAAUGUGGCCAGUAUGGUAAACAGGUAUGCCCAAAAUGAAAAUGAAAUCAUUACUGUUAAAGAAUACCACAAUAUGGAGCAGAGGAAUGUCCCUUUGAAGACACCUUGUAGUAGCGGUAUUGUUCCAAUACGAGGAGAUGGGAAUUGUUUUUAUAAUGCAAUUAGUUACAAUAUCUGUGGCACCGAAGAAUAUCAUAAAGUACUAAGGCAGCAUUUGAUAAAGUUUAUGUCAACAUUGCCUGAGAAUGUUUACAGGUCUUGGUUCGAUGGAGGACUAACCAUGUGUCAGUACCUGAACCGUCGAGAUGAGAGAGGGAAACGUCCAGGAGAUCUUGGUGCAUGGGCCUCACAGGUAGAAAUGGAUGCAAUGGCUUUAUUCUUGGGAGUACGCAUCUAUUUGUACACUAAGUACGGCAAGGAGUGGACGUGGUUUAAGUACCCAUCAAACGAAAGUAUUGGUGAUCAAAUCUUGUUGGAACCAGGUAAUGCUAUAUACCUCAAUCAUGCAAACCAAAAUCACUUUGAAGUUGUCACAAAAGUAUGGAGCUGUCAAGAGACAAGGAGUACGACACUUUGCCAGGGUGAAGAAUCUACAGAGGUCUCGCCAGUCACUAGCAGCAAGAGAAAGACCACACUGAAUGAUAACGUUGAGGACCGCAAGAAGGCCAAACGGGAACGAGAAAGGAAACGGUACCAGGAGGAUGAGAAGUAUGCCCAGUCUCAACGGGACAGGAAGAAGACAAGAUAUCACACUGAUGAACAGUACGCCCAAGAGAAGCGAGACAAAACAAAGGAACGGUAUCACACUGAUGAAGAACAUGCACAGGCUGAAAGGGAUAGAAAGAAGGAACGGUAUCACACUGAUGAAGAACAUGCACAGGCUAGAAAGGGAUAG